AUGCGGUACGACGAAAAGGGUCAACUAAUUGAUGAUCCUUGUAAUAAUAGUCCUGACGCUGAAUUAGCACGAUUCUUAACAAAAAGCUAUCAUCGAAUUGGAUUCCAUUUACCAGAAAUGUUGCGAUUAAAAGAACUUGCUGAAAUUAGUAUGCUCGUACGAUUCAUUCAUUCGGUCUAUCAGAAUAUUGUCGAAUAUAUCAACGAUACGAAAGAUAUACGUCGAGCAUUAAAAUUAUUAAGCGAUCAAAUUGGUGACUAUCCCGAAAAUACUGAUCUAAAUAUUCGAAAAUAUUAUGAAAAUUUCUUAUCAGAACAUUCAAUAUCGAAAAAAAAAUUAACAUCAGAAGAAGACAAAGAAAUCAGACAGAAUAUAUACAAAAAAUUGGCCGAAGACGAUGUUCGAAUUUUAGAUCAAUGUACAGAAGCGAUAUAUGAAUGGUGUCGUUCGAAAUUUUCAGACACAUUGUUAAGACCAGAAGUGAAACAUUGGUUGCUAACAGGAUACAAGUCACAUCGUAUACCAAGAAAUGAUACACAACUUGUUCAUCGUAUCGGUGAAGUCGCUAAACAGUAUAAACAAGAAAAAUAUUCGAAAAUCAUGGAGAAUAUAGCUCGUUUAAGUAUUGAUCUUGAACAACGUAAAUCGAGACUAAGUCAUUUAGAUAAUAUCCAUGAUGAAUGUUCAUGGGUGCCGGCAGUGUUUGGUCGUUAUGAAAACAGUUCAGUCCGCAUCUAUGACGGAGUUUCACUUUCACUUUCAAAUCCGAAAAAAGUCUCAUUAUCAGCAAUAGAUGGAAAAAGAAAUAUUGAUGCGAUUCCUAUUCAACAAGUGUUCGACACAAGAAAAUAUCCAAAACAAAUGAAAAACAGAAGAAAAGAAGAGAAAAAAAAAGGCGAAGGCAAAUCAAAUAUUGUCAAAAACAGAAAAGUUCGUAAAAUCCAUCCGAAUACAGAUAAAACAGAAGUAAAAGCAUAUCUACACUUUGUACGUUGUGAAAAUCGUAAAGAUGCAAAAGAACGAGCAAGACGUGCCGGCUAUGGAACGCCGAUACACCAUACGGGCAAACCUGGUGAAUAUCCACAUUUUCAUCCACAAGAAAAGAUGGUGUACAUUUCUACUAUGGAAAAAGAAAUAAGGACUAUGAGAGAAAAUGAACUUAACCAAAUUGAACAUAGUUUUGCUGUAACUAUCUUGUGA